UGCCUGUGCUGCUGCUGCAGGAAUUUCUCCACCAGGAAUUUAUGGGACACAAAUUUCUGCAGAGACCUUUUUGAAAUAUUUAUAGCGGCUCUUGUGCAAGGAUGGUGUUUGUGACAAGGAGCCUAUGGAUGACCCAGAGUGUGGGAGAGCUGGUGCCGAGACAGUUGACCUCCCCACCAGUUACGCCGUUCUCCUAAAACUCCUCCCCAGAGAGGCGCUGCUGCUGCUGCAGGCUGGGGAUGUGAUGGGGUGACUGUUUGACACCCCCCUCCACCCACCCCCUCUCUCACUGUAUUAGCAGCGUGUAAUAAAAACAAUGGAUCAGAAUUUCUCAACGGUUCGAGAUGGCAAGCAGAUGCUGGCGCACAAAGACUCGUCCAAGCGUGUGUUGACAGGAUGCUUCCUCUCUCUCCUCAUCUUCACCACGCUGCUAGGCAACACGCUGGUGUGCGUCGCCGUCACCAAGUUCCGACACCUGAGGUCCAAGGUCACCAACUUCUUCGUCAUCUCCCUGGCCAUCUCCGACCUCCUGGUGGCCAUCUUGGUAAUGCCAUGGAAGGCAGCGAUGGAGAUCAUGGGGUUCUGGCCGUUUGGUGCUUUCUGCAAUGUGUGGGUGGCGUUUGACAUCAUGUGCUCCACCGCCUCCAUCUUAAACCUGUGUGUGAUUAGCGUCGACCGUUACUGGGCCAUCUCCAGCCCUUUCCGAUACGAGCGCAAGAUGACCCCGAAAGUGGCGUGUCUGAUGAUCAGCGUGGCGUGGACCUUGUCUAUCCUGAUCUCCUUCAUCCCCGUUCAGCUGGACUGGCACAAAGCUCAGACUACAACCUACACGGACUUAAAUGGAACGCUUCCAGAAGAUCUGCCUCCUGACAACUGCGACUUCAGCCUUAACAGGACCUACGCCAUCUCCUCCUCCCUGAUCAGCUUCUACAUCCCCGUGGCCAUUAUGCUGGUCAUCUACACCCGCAUCUACCGCAUCGCCCAAGUCCAGAUCAGGAGGAUAUCUGCUCUGGAGCGGGCGGCGGAGAGUGCCAAAAACCGUCACAGCAGCAUGGGGAACAGUUCCAACAUGGAGAGCGAGAGCUCGUUCAAAAUGUCGUUCAAACGAGAAACCAAAGUCUUAAAGACGCUCUCAGUCAUCAUGGGAGUGUUUGUGUGCUGCUGGUUGCCCUUCUUCGUCCUGAACUGCAUCAUCCCUUUCUGCGAGGUGCCGGAGGGUUCCACAGAGUUCCCCUGCAUCAGCUCCACCAUAUUCGACGUGUUCGUGUGGUUCGGCUGGGCAAACUCCUCGCUCAACCCCAUCAUUUAUGCCUUCAACGCCGACUUCCGCAAGGCCUUCUCCAUCCUCCUGGGGUGCCACCGGCUCUGCCCGGGGAGCAACGCCAUCGAGAUCGUCAGUAUUAACAACAACAUGGGCGCCCCUCCCUCCAACCCCAACUGUCAGUAUCAACCCAAGAGUCACAUCCCGAAGGAGGGGAACCAUUCGGCCAGCUACGUGAUCCCCCACAGCAUCCUGUCCCAGGAGGAGGAGUUACAGAAGAAGGAAGGAUGUGGAGGAGAGGUCGAGGUGGGGUUGGUGAACAACGCGCUGGACAAACUCUCCCCGGCCGUCUCUGGGAAUCUAGACAGCGACACGGAGGUCACUCUGGAGAAGAUCAAUCCCAUCACUCAGAACGGACAACAUAAAGCCGUGACAUGUUGAGGAGCGAUGGAUCAGAGGCAGAAAGCCAAGAAAAGCUUACACAGAAGGACAACAGAGGAGACUUUUAAGAACAUGCCUGUCAGGGAAACAAAUAUUGGGAUUUACAAGACCUUCAGACUGUCGACAAAAAAACCUACAUGGAAAAAACCUACAGAAUGUUUCAAAGUAAAGGCACUUUAUUCUGGAUAUAACUAUCUGCAAAAUACAUUCAGCAUUUAUUGAUGAAAUUGUUCCAUUUGAUGAUAAAUGUUGAUAAUGUGAAUAUAAAAGCAGAAACUCUGUGCACAUGUAUACAUUUUCAUACGUACAAAGAUGUCUACAUGUGCACGUGUGUAUUGUACAGUACUGACACGACUCUGGACGGACUCUUGACACAGUACGUGAAGGAAGAUGUAGUUACUAUUAGCAAAAUGUCUUGUAAGUAGGUGCUUUGUGUGUGUUUCAUGAAAGAGGGAAGCAAGAGGGUGUAACUCGCUUACAGCGGUUAUUUCUCUACGUUCAUUUUAAUGACAGUUUGGUGCAGAACACCCGUUUUGCUUUUGGUGAUGUGUUUCAGUUGCUCAGACACCAAAGUGACAACGUUCUGGUUCAGGCUUCGCAGGCAGGGGGCAGAUAAAGGAGGUUCGGCGCUGUUAGACAACUUG